AUGCUCGGUCAGUCUCCUCACCUGAUCGGAGGCAUCUUAUGGAUCCAGAAUCCAAUGAGAGCUGUUCACUGCAACCUGAGCCAGAAUGGCCUCGACCACCAGGUGUGUCCGGACGACAUGACGUCUCAGCUGGAGGGGGAUGAGGAGUCGGUGGACUCCGAGCCCGUUCUGCUGGACGACGACAACCCCAGCUACCAGGAGCUGACCCGGCCGGCGUACCAUCGCCGCUCGCUGCCACAGCGCUCCGUCUCCGAGUCUGAGCUGACCCGGCCUGGAUAUGUGAAGCUAUCCAAGCCGGUGGCUCUGUGGACCCAGCAGGAUGUGUGCAAAUGGCUGAAGAAGCACUGUCCCAAUCAGCACCAGAUCUACAGCGAUUCUUUCAAACAGCACGACAUCACGGGGCGAGCGCUCAUGAGACUGACGGACAGAAAGCUGGAGCGAAUGGGCAUCAUGCAGGAGGCCCAGAGGCAGCACAUCCUGCAGCAGGUCCUGCAGCUUCGUGUCCGGGAGGAAGUCAGGACUCUUCAACUUCUCACACAAGCCUCUCUGGAGUGCAGUCCGUCUUCACCGUAGUUUGAUGGACCGGGCCUUCCUCGCUGCAGAACAACACACCCAUCCAGACCUCUUCCUGAACCGAUCAAAGUUCUUCGUCUCACACGUCGAGUCUUCAUCCUCACUUUCACCAAAGACUGGUCUGAG